AAAUUGUUGCAAAGAAUCAAACCAAACCUAAACCUACUACCUAUCAACACCAUGGAGACUACUAACCCUAGCAAUUGGUCGAACCUCACUCUCGAUAUCCUCAUUUCUCUGUUUGAACGUUUGAGCUAUGUGGAUUUCCAUCGAGCUAAGAUGGUUUGUUCCUACUGGUAUUCUGGUUCGAAACAAACAGUUACCCGGAAAAGCGGAAUACCAUGGCUAAUGCUUUUUCCAGACGACGGUGGUUGCUUGCUGUGCAAUCCAUACGAAGACGUGGUUUACAAGACAAAGAGAGACUGUUCAGGGAGUCGAUUCCUGGCAAGCUGCGGUAAAUGGUUGUUGAUGCUAGAUUCUCGAUCCAGAUUAUAUAUUAUAGAUGUGUUUAGUGGGAAUAGGAUUGAUCUUCCUCCAUUAGAGUCGCUUUUAUCGAACUACUCUGCUCUGAAGCGGGACAUCUUGUGGGUAGACGAGGAGACGAAAGAUUUGGCUUUAGUGUGGUUCUUUGACUCCCCUGCUUGUUUUGUAUGUCUUUACAAGAAAGGGAAUGCUCAUUACGAUCUCAUUCCGUUACCUAUGGACAAGGUUUCGAAGAACUCACUGGGAGUGACACAUCCCCAAUGUUUUCUCCUCUUGGAUAUAGUUGUUAUUUUAGCAUCGCGGUUACCACAGCCGGGAGAGGUUUUGUUGGUCACAACCACAACCUCUGAAAGUAGCGAAAGGGUCUUCUGCUUCUGUAACUACAAGAAGGCUCCUAAUGCUGACCCAGAGGACCAAAUUGCCCGAUCUUGCCUGCUUCUCCACUUGGGUAUUACUGUGCCUGCUAACCAUGCCCUUGGUAUCCAACCAAACACAAUCUAUUUCACACUUCAUAACCGUGUCCGUUUCAGCAUGUCUUUUGAUCUGGAAAUCUGUGUGUUUAAUCUUGCAACCAACUCCAUCAUCAAACACUUCCCUCAUCUUGCCAACUUGAAACCCAAGGAUGCUCUAUGAUAUAUGGCAACUCUUGAAGAUUCUUUCUACGCAGACCUUGACGAGUUAUCAGACAAUGAAGCAGAACUGGAUGCUAGAACAGAGGAGGAGGAAGACAAUAUUGACAUGGACAUGGAAGACUCAGAAACCCUAAACUAUGAUGAUCUCUCGAGAGUUUCUAAGCUACUGGAAACUCAUAGAUACGCUGAUAUAAUGCAUAAACUGGAACAGGCUCUCGGGAAGGAUUCGGAUGGAGGAGCAGAGAUGGGAACUGUAUUGGAAGACAAGCUUAUCGUUGAUUGCAAUCAGCUCUCAGCUGAUAUCGAGAAUGAGAUUGUGAUCUUCCACAACUUUAUCCGCGACAAGUACAGACUUAAGUUCCCAGAGCUUGAGUCGCUGGUACAUGACCCAAUAGAUUACGCCCGUGUCGUGAAAAAAAUUGCCAAUGAGACAGAUAUAACUCUUGUUGAUAUGGAAGGCCUUCUUCAACCAGCUACUGUUAUUGCUGUUUCAGUUACUGCUUUAACCACAAAAGGGAAACCACUUCCAGAUAGUAUCCUACGAAAGACGUUAGACGCUUGUGAUCACGCUAUUGUUCUUGAUUCGGCAAGGAAAAAGGUUCUUGAGUUUGUUGAAAGUAAGAUGGGAUCUAUCGCACCAAAUCUCUCUGCUAUUGUCGGGAGUGCUGUUGCAGCCAAGCUUAUGGGAACUGCUGGAGGUUUAUCGGCACUUGCAAACAUGCCUGCUUGUAAUGUUCUAGUUCUUGGCCACAACAGGAAGAACCGUGUCGGAUUCUCUACUGCAAUGUCACAGUCUCGUGCGGGUUAUUUGGAGCAGACAGAGAUUUUCCAAAGCACGCCUCCUGAACUUCGAAUGCGCGCUAGCAGACUCUUGGCUUCAAAAUCGACUUUGGCAGCAAGAGUUGACGCUACUAGAGGAGAUCCAUCUGGAACUAACGGGAAAGCUUUGAGGGAGGAAAUCCGCAAGAAUAUUGACAAGUGGCAAAAACCUCCUCCUGCAAGGCAACCUAAGCCACUUCAUGUUCCUUAUUCUGUGCCUAAAAAGAGAAGGGGUGGUCGCCGUCUAAGAAAAAUGAUAGAAAGGUAUCAAGUGACAGACAUAAGAAAGUUGGCCAACAGGAUGGCGUUUGGUACACCCGAAGACAGCUCUCUUGGUGAUGGAUUAGGUAUCGGAUAUGGAUUGCUUGGUCAGGCUGGGAGCAAUAGGCUGCGUGUUUCGAGCAAGCUGAAAGUUAACGCUAAAGUCGCCAAAAAGCGACAGUUCACAGGUGGUUGUACUACCUCUGGUUUGACGACAUCAAGUCUGGCUUUCACUCUUGUGCAAGGAAUAGAGUUGUGCAAUCCUCUGGCAUUAGGAUUAGUCAGUGGGAUUCAAAGCACUUACUUCUCAGAGUCGGGAACUUUCUUCAAACUCAAGAAGAUUUAAACUUCUUACACAGAAAGAAACAACUAGAAGAGGACAUCUCCAAUGAACCUAUAUUUCUUACAAAUGAAUACUAGAUUUUAAU